AUGAAGUUGGGUAUACUGCUGGCCGGUUUGCUUAUCCCCAUAAUAGCGUCUGCAGCGUACGUCGAGGUAAGCAUUUCCGAAGGAUUCUGAAUAAGUAGUAGUUCGUAAAAAGUAAACUUUAAUGGGUAUCGAUGGCUCAAAAGUUGAAUUACAUUCCUUUUUGAUGAGGUUUUAUUCAAAAAAUCGGAACGUUUCCUUUGAAAAAAUUCAAAAACUUUGUAAGACUUGUCUUUUAUAUAAUGAUUUUUUGAAAAGUUCCUCUCUUUAUGUCUUAUCCAAAAAAUAAACCGAGAAAAAAGUACGAAUGUGAGAUAUUCAUUUUCGAGUUGUUGCGCAUCGGGGAAUUUGAUAACAUGAAGGAUCGUGUGAAUAAGUCAUUAGGGCCGCGCGGCUGUCUGAGAUUCCCACAGAUCCGCUACUUUUUACACGCUUUAUAUGAGCUUUACGGAUUAAUAUGGAUCUAAGAGAAGAGAAAUUUUAGCUGUAGUUGUAGAGAAGAUUUGUUCAGAUAAGCACUCGCCGUGGAUUUCAAUUUAGUUUAGUGCUGGGAAAUCUCCUCGUGAGCUUCCAGUUAUAAGAGCUUUUCAGCAGCUCUUCUUUCUCGUGAAGUUUCCUGCAAAAGCUAACUUAAUGUGUGGAUUUCAUUUGAAGUAGAAAAAAAAAUCAAACCCUUGGUGAAAGGGAUAUUUGGAUGAGAAUGUUUUCAGAGUGCCGCUGCAAACGUCAAUGGAGUCUCAUCCAAAAGACACGAAAAGUUCGUGCCAAUGGUGACAUUCAAGUGCGGUUUCCGCAACCAGUACCUCCAAGAGGAUGGAACCUGGAAGUCGGAUGAGAACCGCUUCGCGACCUGCUUCUCAGGCAAACUCGACAUCUUGAAGUAUUGCCGCAAGGUAUGUCAACUCCUUAUAAAUGCUAAUGAGGUUCAGUUUUCUGCUGUUUCAAAUAUGAUUUUUUUUUGUGCAAGUAAAGACACAAUUUUCAGGACUUUUGGUUUGAGAUUAGAGCGAGAAAAAAAAACUAUUUAUUGCACUGUGUGCUACAAAAUUUAACUACAAGUAAAUGCUAAAAAACUACUGAUAUUGUAUGAGCUUCAAUAAGCCUUCAUCGUACCGAGAGCCGUUCCUUUUGCUCCGUGAAUGGAUUAGUUUGAGAGGAGAUUUUCAAGAGCUCCAAUUCUGGAGCAACAUGUGCCACAUUCCCCGCCGGGAAUAUACGCGCAUCGUAUGAGAACGCAGUAUUCCGGCUAGUUACUUAAGCCUCGGCAUGCAAAAGCAUAAAACAGACUCCCAUAGCGGCCUUCAAAACUCGUCGAGCUUUCCAUCCAAAGAUUGUAAACCACUUGCUCACUGAAGCGAAAGGAAAAAAAAACCGAAAAUUGUUCCAAAUUUGUUUGGUUCUCUUUUGUUCUGAGGGAUUAUUGGCGAGGAAUUCAGUGGAUGGAUGGCGGCCGUAGAAGCUUCAAAAAAGGCGAGAAGUUAUGUCGGUUUUUUCCGACAACACGGCUGAAAAGUUUGAAAAAUGAGAAGCAGAGCCAUUUGUCUCAGCGGGGCGGCCUUAGACGGUGGUCUUGAAAUGUUCUGUUUUGGAGAAAAACUCGGCAUUUGACUGAUGAUUGCAGAUGUAUGUAGUGAACAAAAGUUCUCUUCACUUUUACUUUUUGGGUUGACCGAAAAUACAAAUUUUAAUUUCCAGGCGUAUCCCAGCUUGAACAUCACGAACAUCGUCGAGUACUCUCACGAAGUGACGACAGGCAAUUGGUGCCGCGAAGAAGGCUCCCCCUGCAAGUGGACUCAAACCACUCGUCCAUUCCAGUGCAUCGGUAGAUCGUUAAUCUGCUAUCAGUAACUGAAAUGAAAAGAGGAUCUUCGAGCUUUGGAGCUCUGAAAAUGACUGAAAGUAGUUAUUAUCAAAUUCAAAGCGUUUAUUACAGUUUUUAUUUUUAAAAAACAGGUAAUUUUUAGGUAAAAAAUAGCUGAAUAACAACUUCAAACCAGAGGUUACCUGAGGGAACCGAAAUUUCAACCUUAAAGAAGAAUGUGUGAGGAAUGUUCUAGUUGACAAUUGGUGUUCGAAAAUCGCAAAAGAUUUUAAACUUAAAGUUUCUGUUUGUUGAUCAUACCUUGUCGAAUGAUGACCCUUUGAUAUUUCUUCCAUGUAGAUGCAACCUGAAAAAACUGGAAAAAUCUCACGAGGAUUGAUCUUUUGAACAAAUGACAAAAGGAACGAAUUAUUGUUCCAGACGGCGACUUCCGGUCGGAGGCGCUCCAGGUUCCUCACGAUUGCCUGUUUUCGCACGUGAACAUCCGCGACCAUUGCAACGACUACAGCUAUUGGAAAGAAGAAGCCACCAAGCAGUGCGCUUCUAAGGUAACAAAAAACCUGACAGUUGGAUAUAACGACAAAUGGAUAACUAAAACAAUCCUCAAUCAUGUUUUUCAGAAAGAGAAGCAAGUUGUUCUGCGUUCUUUCGCAGUCCUUGAGCCGUGCUCGAUCGACAUGUUCACUGGUGUCGAAUUCGUUUGCUGCCCUAACGACCGUAAUUUUUUCUUUUUAUUGCUCCAAUUUCCAAUUAGUGUUCGCUUUUUGAACACUCCAGGAGAAGAAAUAAUUUGUUAUAAAAAAGGUUUCCAUGGUAACUCGACAUUUCACAAGUCACAAGUCACGCGAACCUAGGAAAAAAAAGAAAAAAAAGUUCAGGCUACAGUAAUACGUGAGAUUAUAAUUGCAUCUCUCAUUAAAAACUGCCACGAGAGACUCCCGUAAAAGCUUGGAGUUUUUCAGAGCCGUUGAAAGAAGAAAUUAGAAAGCGUCUUUCUGAUGAUGAUGACAAAGAUGACGACGACGACAGCCUCGACGAAGACUACACUGAAGACGAUUGUGAGGGAAAAGUUUUCAUGGAAAGAUUAUGAAGAUGACUUUGCAGCGGAUGAUGCUGAUGAAGAGGCCGAACAAGAUCCUUACUUCAAAGCGGCCAACUGGACUCAUGAACAUGAGGACUUCAAGGAUGCCGAAGAGCGUAUGGACUCCCGUCAUCGUAACAAGAUUGACAAAGUUCGUUGAUAGAAUAUUUUUGGACAAUAAUUUCUCUAUUUAAGGUCAUGAAGCAAUGGGCCGACCUUGAAGCUCGGUACACCGAAAUGAAAACCAAAGAUCCCAGUGGGGCUGAGAAAUUCAAGGAACAAAUGACCAGCCGUUUCCAGAAGGUUUUGAGGGAUCUAUAGGUACAUUCUCAACGAUUCUUCAGACGGUGGCGUCCCUGGAACAGGAGCACAAACGCAUGAAGAAAGAAGUCGAAGCCGUGCACGAGGAACGAGUUCAGACCCUUUUGAACGAGAAGAAACGUGACGUCAGUAGAACUAAAUGAAACAUCUUAAUCGAAUGAUCGUUCAGGCAACUCAUGACUACAGGCAAGCGCUGUCCACUCACGUGAAUACCCCCAACAAACACAACGUUCUUCAAAAACUGAAGGUAUGGAAUAAAAAGGAAAGCAUCUGAAUUGAAUUUUAAGAUUUACAUCCGAACUGAAGAGAAAGACCGCAUGCACACUCUUAACCGUUACCGCCACCUUCUUCGUACUGACGCUGAUGAUGCUCAGAAGUUCCGUUCCACUGUGCUCCACAGACUUCGGUACGAAUCACAAAUCUCUGAGUAUCGAAAUUGAAAAACUUCAGAUACAUCGACUUGCGCAUCAACGGCACACUCGCCAUGUUGCGUGACUUCCCUGAUCUUGAACGCUAUGUCCGCCCCAUAGCUAGUGAGUCAAAACCUUUGAUUCCCUUUAAGUAAAUUAAAUACAUUUCAGUUAGCUAUUGGCAAGAUUAUCGUCGUGAGAACACCCCUGAGUUGGCUGACGACAUGAUUUCUGCUCUCAACAGCUUGGACGAGGACGCCAAGAACAAGAAACUUGUCGAUCUUUAUACCGUUAGUAGUUAUAGGGAAAACUAAGAAUUCUCAUUGCUAAUAACAGGAACAAUACGAAAAACUUCACCCCCUCAUGAAGCUCGACGUGAAGGCGCCGACAACCACCACGACGACCGAAGCGCCAAAGAAGGAAGCUGACAAGGAGGCGCGUCUGCUGCCAACGGAGACUUCAGACUCUGAAGAACAAAAUGACGAUUUCUAUGAAGAUGAGGACGAUGAGGAGAUCAAGAAAAAGGAACCUGUCAAGAAAGUCAGAGUAAGACAUUCUUUCCGAGGGAUAAACUUGAAACACUAAUUUCAGCUUAUUGACAUUAAGCCAAAAACUGCGAGCAAGAAGGUUGAAGCUCCGAAAAUCGUCGUGACUUCCGCCCACGCCGCUGAUGCAGAUGACUCCUCGUUUAGCUCAGAGUCUGAAGAGGACAACGAAGACGACGUGAAUAAACAACUCCGUUGCAAAUUUAUUGGCGAAUUUCAGAAGAGCUUCAAAGACCUCCGCGUCGAUAUUGAGCCAAUCAUCGAGGAGCGACCGGCAUUCUACCGUCAUGAAAAACUCGUUCAAUCCGAGGUGAAUUUUCAUAACUCGAAAAAAUUUCGAACACUGCUCUUUUCAGGGAAUGCGUGGUGAAUCCUUCGCCUCUUCCAGCACUUACCUCUUCUUGAUGGUUUCCAUUGCCGUUGUCGGCGCAGUUGGGUUCCUUGUCAGCAUGAACAGACGUCGGCGUGCCAUGAACGGCUUCAUCGAGGUUGUCCCCUCUCAACUGCGAAGUAACUAACUGAAAAGCCUUCAGGUUGACGUGUACACUCCAGAAGAGCGCCAUGUCGCCGGCAUGCAGGUCAAUGGCUAUGAAAACCCGACAUACUCCUUCUUUGACAGCAAAGCUUAA